AUGCAGUCCACCACAGUCAAGCUUAACAUUACACAUAGCUCAGACUUAGAUUACUUAAUUUAACUUCACCUUCUAGUUUAACCUCUUGAUUGAUCGUAAGGCUCGUCGACAAGAUCUCUACUUCUAGCUCCUUGAAAGCCAUUGCCUCGUUCUAUCCGACUUUCCUUAGCAAGUAUUCAGUCUAAGAGUUCUGCCUUUAUCGGCAGUGAAAAGAGAUAAGCACGAUGCUUGUCAGAUACAAAGUAAGAAAACCUUCGCCGCUUAUUCUCUAUCAGACAGAAGUGCACAUUUAACAACCUAGCCAAUGAUAAUAACAGUUGAGCGAGGGAGAGGAAAUUCGUGGAGUGAAUUCUACUCUAAUCCAAAGCCAUUUUUAUUAUCAUUAACAUUACACAUAGCAAGCGCAGCAUGACAGCUAUGGAAAUCAGAUUUGAUACCUCACAAACCAUAGCUUCCCUUAAGGUAUUUUUCUAAAUAGAACAACUUAUCAGUCCGAUUUGGGACAGCCGCUGAAUAUAUGAUGCUGAAACUUUUCAAUGAGAACGGCGAGGUCGUCGCCAAUAUGAGUGAUAAUGAUGCCCAGCUGGGGACUUAUAACCCUCAUGACUUUUAUGUGAUCCAUAUCAUUGAUUUGGACCCUUCAACUGUGAAUAUUGACAAUCUAGAAGAAGUCCCGAAGUAUCAGAUCUCAGAUGAGGCAUAUAAUCAGAGAGAUGACACCUUUAGGAAGUUUAAGGAGCAACAACAGAAAUUGCACCCGGAUUUGGUCAAGCCUAAUAAGGCACCUGUGGAUGAAGAGUUCCAGAGGGAGUUUAUUGACGGGAUUCAGGUCGGAAAUAGAUGCAAGAUAAAUCCUGGGGAUAAAAGAGGGACUGUCAGGUAUGUAGGAAAAAUACCAGAGGCACAGCCGGGAUAUUGGGUGGGAAUAGAGCUGGAUGAGCCACUUGGGAAAAAUGAUGGGUGUGUAAAGGAAACGAGGUAUUUCCAGACUGAAAAGAAUCAUGGAAUAUUUGUGAGGCCAAAUAGUGUAGAAGUCGGGAACUUCAGACCUUAUGGAGAAGACCCAGAUGAACUUUAA